CGGACGCUUACGCCCCCAAAUCGAGUUCAUGACGAGUGAAUUGCCGUCAAGUACCAGUCUCUGCAAUGAGUGGAGAGUCUAACACAAUGUUGGUGUAAAAACAAAAUGGCAGCUUCCAUAAACCACGUGACCGAAUGAAAUUCACCUUUAUUUUCAUAAAUAUCUCUGUCGUAGAUAAAGAAAUAGCAAGUGUAACGAGAAGCUUACAUUUAGUUACAUGUUUACCACAGUCUCAAGAUUGUUUCAGUCAUAGAAACUUCAUAUUUUAUGGUGGGACACUGGAGUGAAGAUGAUACGAACAGCAACCCUUGUGAGAACUGCUGUGACAAUAUGCAGGCAAACCGCUGGAGUCAAACAGUUGUGCCUGGUGCCAGUCCAAUCCAGUCGCCAGAUACCAGUCCAAUCCAGUCGAUAUGCCUCAAGCAGUGAACCAAUAGAUGAGGCUACAGAAGGCGUAAAGAAUGAGGAAUAUUUCAGGAGAUUUGUCAAAAAUAGAAGAUUUGCUGACAAAUCUGAGACGACAUCUCAACUCGUAUCCAAGGGAGAUGAUAGAAUAGUUGCCGAUACUGAAAAUAGGGGGAGCCACAUUGAAUCCGAAACUAUGGCGUCUCUCGGCGAGUCAGGUGGGGAUGCAGCCCUGACUACUGCACAAGGCAUGGAGGUUAUAAAACCAGAGAAUUCCCCGGCAAGAGACUUUGGAGAAGACAUUGAUUUAGACCUUACAAACAUCCGUCCUGUUUUGAAACAGGCAGGGAAUCUUGCUGCUUAUGUGAACGAAUCAGAAACUUUACAGAAACUAAUCAAAAUCGGCGUCGAUUUGCACGCAAUUGAAAACAUGAAAGAACGUGAAGGUGCUGAUCUUAUUCUACAGGUAGAUUUUGAAACGGACGUUAAGCCUCGUCUGUUAUGGCUUCACAGUAUUGGUGUCCCUAACAGAGGACUUGGAAAAGUGAUCACAAAAAACCCAACAGUUUUAGGUGCAAGUUUGGACAGUAUGAAGGAUAAUGUUGCCUAUCUCGAGUCAAAGCGAUUUGAUCCUGAAUCGAUUGGUAGGAUCGUGUACAAGGCUCCGAAGUUUCUGACUAUGGACGUGAAACAAGCAGAUGGGAAACUUGGCUUCUAUCAGAAAGAAUUUAGUCUUACAGGACCUGAGGUUCGCACCGUUACAACAAGGCUUCCAAAACUGAUAACGUUUCCAAUCUCAACUGCAAAGUGGUGCAAGUACACAUUGAGGGAAUUCCUUGGUUUCUCGGAGGCUGAGGCUAAAGGCAUGUUCAUUGCGAACCCAAAAGUCCUGCUAACAGAUAAAUAUCGCUUGAUGGCGAUGUUUGAUUAUCUUUACCACACGAUGAACAUCCCACACAAACAGAUGGCAGAGUGGCCGCAGAUAUUCCGCACGCGAGUGAAUAUCAUCAAGCAACGCCACGGAUUUCUCGACAAGAUCGGAAGGGCACAGUAUGAUCCGACCAAGGAAAAUUACGUCUCGCUGCAUAAACUUGUCGGGAAUGAUGUGACGUUUUGUAAAGAGACUGCAAAGCGACCUUUGUCAGAGUUUAAUGACUAUUUGAAAAGUUUGUGAUUGUUAGCCGCUCCUUCUCUCAGCAUGGAAUGGCGAUGGGAACAUUAGUAUUCAGAUAGAAAAAAGCUAUUGCAUCUCCAGACUCCUCUCUCUCAUUUAAAAGAAAGUGACGUCAUGCAUCUCCAGACUCCUCUCUCUCUCAUUUAAAAGAAAGUGACGUCAUGCAUCUCCAGACUCCUCUCUCUCGUUUAAAAGACGUCAUGAUUUGUGAAAAUGUAUUCAA